AUGGAGGGGGCUGACGCGUCUCUCCAGCAGCAGACUGUGAACGCAGUGGCCUCGUCGCACGACGGAGAGUACAGCGCCACAGAAUUUCUCCUGUCGACCACGAAUUCUCCUGCUUUCGAAGGCAUUGUGCAGUGGCUCCUGACAGGGAAUCCGGGUUUCCCGUCUUUGACGCUUCCGCAGUCGCGCACGUUUCCACUUCUCAUUGAAGGAGCGCUGGAGCGCGCUAAGGCGCAGACGGCGGACCCCUCGCUCGUCCUGCUCCAGUACAACCAACAGAAAGAUGAUUUUUUCGCCGCGGCGCAGUUCGUCGGCUUCAAUGUUCUGCUGCAGGGCAUUCAGGAGAAGUGGGAGGGCGGCGCAUGGAACGAAAACCAGAAACUGUCACUGAAGAGGUCGAUUCUGUCGGUCAUCGUGGGCGCUGACCUCGCGCCGCUGGCUGAACUCCCGCCCCAGACCAUCCUGUCAGGUGUACAUACACCGCAUAUCGACUCCGCGAAGGACGGCAAAUCUAACGCGUUUGCGCUCAACACUCACGCGUCUCGGAUGAAGUGUGCGCAAGUGCUGAACGCGAUUUGCCAGCGAGAGUGGCCGCAGAAAUGGCCAGGGAUUCUGCCUUGUCUCGUCGUGAAGGCGACCCGCGUCGGCGCCGAGCCUCUUUCGCGACAGUGCUCUUCUGUGGUGGCUGCCAGCGCCGCCCGGCAGGGCGACCAAGACCUCGAACGGCAAAACGACGAAGCGUUUGCGGCCGCGUGCGUUCUUCUCGGCCUCGUUCGCGAGCUAUCGCAGGAAGCAAAGGAAGAGACACGAGCGAGCAUGCCGCUCAAGCGACGCCUCCAGAUUGCGCAGGGCCUGGAGGGAGCCGUGGAGUACCUUUUGAAGUCUCUCAGCGUCUUCCUCGGGGCGUUUCAGCAGCACCGACACGUCAGCCAUCUGCGGACGCUCAUUGUCGAGUUCCUACGCGAGUUGGCAGGCGUCGUGGACGUGUCGCUGGUCCUGCGCUACCGCGACAUUCUGCUUUCUCUGGUGAAGGAGGGCGGUCAGGGUGGCGCGCUGGAGGAUUGCCGUCCCCAGAUUCUGCAGACCUUCGACGUGCUCGCGGGCGGACUGGCGAAGAAGCGCAGCAAGAAACCCGCGAUCGACUCCGUACCUGCGGAGGACUUGACUUCCUUCAUUCACUGCGUCAUCUACUUGGUCGCCUCGGCGAUGGCCCACACUGCAAACCACCAAUUCGAAGUGGAUCCGGAGGGCUUUGAACUGGACGUAACGAUUGCAGAGAUGAUCAAACACUUGUGCGAGGCCUGCGCGGACCAGCUCUUGAGGCAUCUGGAUCCCGUCACACUUUCUCUCCUUUGGCAUGGCGCGAUUCUUCCGCUGAUGGCGCAUCCAUCUCUGAAGAUUGCGACGGCGGGCGUGGCGGCGUCUACGGCGAUUUUCAAGCGUUUUCAGUUUUUUUCUUCCACGUUUCCCUCGGCGUUUCGCAAUAAGAAAGAGGAGGAGUUCCUCCAGCUGCAGUGCGAGGCGCUCGCGCGCGAGCUGAGUCCGAGCGCGUCAGCGUCCAUCGAGGCGCUGUAUCGCCAGUCGCUUGAGCAGUUUCGCGAGAAGACCUUCCCCGUCUGGUUCGACUUGAAGUCUUACCUCUCGCUCCUUUUUCUGCGCACGCUCCGCGUCGGCGACCCAGCGCUGCUGGCCCCGCUGGGCGUCGACGCCACCCAGGGCCGCGAUCAGGCCUUUUCGGCGCCGUCGCGCGCGAAUUCCGCGUCCUUCGCGGCCUCCUUUUCUACACUGCUCGACCGGCUGGUCGUGGAACUGCUGCAAACAACCGAGGCUCCUGCGGCGCUCGCCCGCGCGGGCUGUCUGCUCGCCGUCCGCCGCCACGCCGAGGGGUUGCAGCUCGUCUGGAACGAGGCCGAGGCCGCCGGCAACAAGGGGAAGGAGAGCUGGAUCUCCCCGCUGUUGGAGCCGCUCGCGGCGCUGCUGCCGGUCGGUCGCUACCCGCAGGCUGUCAAGGCCUGGUACUGGACAGUGGCGGAGCUGAGCGGGGCGGAAGACGACCUGGGGACCGACGCGCUGCAAGGCUUCGCGGCGCGCUACGCGAGCAUAAAGUCGUCUUCGUUGUUGCCUCUGGGGCUGUCGCUGUCGUUCACGGCGUACAGCGCGCGGCGCGUGGCGGAGGAGCUGACGGCGCUCGCGCAGGUGGCAGUUGGGCAUGCCUUUUUCCACGCGCGCGGCUCGCUCUCCGACUUUUUGCUAGUGCUGAAGACGCAGAAUCGCCCGAUGCUGCCCGACAAGCAGCAGCCGUGGGUCUGCCCAGCGUACCUGGUGCUUGACGCGGCGCUCUCGGUCUUCGAGUCCUGCGUCCAGCGCCUCAAGUCUGCCACGCUGACCUACGUGGCAAUCCAGGGCGCCGGCGCGUCCUCCGCGACGCCCUCCGCCGCGGCCGUCGCGGUCGAGUGGAUGCUGCCUGCGCAGGCCGGCGACGCGCCGUGGGAGGCGCAGCUCGCGUCGCUCUUCCAGGCUUUCCUCGACUUGAAGCUGGUCGACCUAGACGCCAUUCUUUCGGGGCGACUUCCUGCUGACCAACAGGCCGCCUUUGUCAAACAGACCUCCUCCCCCGACGUCCUCGGCGCCUCGCAACUCGCCCUCGACGGCGACGGCGACGCAGACGGCAAGAGUACCUGCCUCUACGACUACCUCCUCGAGGCGAGGCGACUCGAGUUCAUCGCAAGCUGCGCCUUCUUCCUCAACUACAAACACGUAAAGGUCCCCGCCGUCCUCGACCUGCUCUUCCGCCGCAUUCUGGCGGAGGCGCCGGCGUCGACAUCGUCCGCGAGCGCAUGCAGCGGGAGCGGCGCGUAUCCGCUGACGGCUGAGCAGCAGGUUUACCUCUGUCGGCGUCGCGCGCUCUACACGCUGAUUUCUAUGUGCACCGCUUGUCCUUCAGUCCUCAAGAACUACCUGCAGAUGAUGCUGCAGCACGUGCAGGGCCGCCUUCAGGCGCACCAAGCCCAGCUUCAGGACACCGAGAAGAAUCUGCUCGUUGAGUCGCUGGUUUCCCUGAUUUCGGCGUGUCAAAUCUACAAGCUGCAACAGGAGCACACGCUGCCCCUGGUGCGGCCGUAUGUGCAAGAGCUGCUUCUCCUCAGUCAGAAACUCGGCUCCAGCAAGACGGCGGAGGCGCCGCCGCAGACAAGCGACGCAGAGAGCCGCAAGUGCGACGGAGAGGAGACGCCGGCCCGCGCCGUCGGCCUGCUGCUCUUCCUCUUGGGGGACAGACGGACGCCGGGCGCCUACAAGAAUCCGACCGAAGCGGCAGACGGCGGUGCGCUGCUCUCCGGCGCAGACGAGGACGUCCUCACGACGCAGCGCCGUUCGCUGGCGCGUGUGCUGUCCGCACUCGAGAGCUGCAUUAAGCGCACGACGCUGCCGUCUGAUCCGGCGGCCGCCCGCGCGGGCGGCUACUUGGUGGAUGUCUCGCCUCCACUUUCCUCCUACGCGUCGGUUCAGGACUGCGCACAAAACUCGUUCAGCGCGGCGAUCAAAGACCUGAUGCAAGCUUCUGCGGCCUCGCAGGUCGCGGGCGCCGAGGGCGUCUCUCUUCUGCCGAAGCGGCAUCCACUCGCCUCACUCAUCCGCGAACUCGCGCCGGUCCUGUUCCAACUGGUCGAAGCCUUCCAGCAGCUGUGGCACCCUGAGGUGGCGCUGCGCUGGCCAGCGUACCGCGCGCACUUUACGCUGGGCGAGGAGGAGUUCCUCUCUCUCCACGGACACACGCCGCUUUCCUUCACGCCCUCUGCGCUUCUCGAGGCGGUCGCGCUCACGUUCCCCGCGCCGCCUGCCGCUCUCGCUUCGGGUGCGACGGACGCGCCGUCGGCGUGCGGCCUCCUGACGACGCCCGCGGAUCUGACCCCUCUGGGGAGCGCGUACGCCAAGAGCUCGACUCGCCUCAUUCGCCGGCACCUUUACCACUUGCGCUGCCUUCUCUAUCGCCUGCUUGGGGCCUGCUGCUCAGUCCCAGACGGUUUCUACGUCCUGCCCAACCUGGACGACUUCCUCGAAAAAGCCUGCUUCGCGCCCGUCGCAUUCUUGCCGCUACACCAACUCGAGCAGCAACUCCGCCUGUUCUGGAUGCCGCUGGUCGACCCUCUCAACCUCCCUCCCCAGCCGCCGUACCCCGCCAAACAGCUGGUCACGCUGUUUCUCCAGCGCGGCGUGCAGGGCAUCGUGGAGCGCCUGAACCGCGAGUGGGAGAGGACGAGUCAGAUGAAGCUCUCUCUCGAGGCGCAGAGCCGCGAGCGCAGCCGCGGGAAAGACGAAGAGCGCGACCUGAAUCUAUACAUGCUCCAGGUGUACGCGGCUGACUCGCUCGCCGACACCCUUUUCUCUGUGCUGAAGACGCUUCUGCACCUCAUGCGGCCCCAGGGGUCUCAGACCGGCAGUCCAAGCGCCGACGUCCUCGGGGCUGCGGACGCCGUCGCUUCCGCCUCCGCCGCGCUCGACAGAAAAGGCGCUGCAGGCGCAGACAGCGAGGAGGACCACGCCGCGGCCAAGAAAAAGCACGACGAAGAAGCUGCUGCAGCUGCCGCGCUAAACGAAAUGCGCAGGUGUAUAUAUACCUCAGGGCCCGUCCUUGCGGCCGUUGUCACGGCCCUGCUGCAGGCGCAACGGUGGCCAAACCCCAACACAAUCAUGGAGGCACAUAACGUUUUGCGGACAUACGUAAAAACAGCCACAAAGCUCUUCACGCCGAUCCCUGCGUGCACCGCAGAGAUCUGCGCCCUCGUGCUUCGAGGCGUCAUGACGAGUUUCUUCGAAAAAAGGCCGUUCGAUCCUCUGGCGUUUGGCGAGGGCAGUUCGGGGACCGGCAUGAGCGCGUUGCAGCGCGCGCAGACAGAUCUCGCCGGGGGCGACACGCGGGAGGGGCUCUCGAGUUGCACGCCGAUGCAGGAGUUUCUCUCGGCGGCGCCAAGUCGCCCAGGCAAGAGCGCCAGCGACGCCAACAAGAAGACGCAAGUCGCGACGUACACAGCUACGGCCUAUCAAGUCCUGAAGGGCAUGUGCCGCGUUCUUGGCGAGCGAGUGUCGGCUGUCGACGGCCAGAAACUCCAGCCAUCAUCUUUGCUGAUGUGCCCGUACACGCUGGGAUCGUUCAAUUUCUUCCGUAGUGCAGAGGUGCCUGUGCGCUUGAGCGAUGAGGAGUUUGAGCGGUUUGUCGCAGCCAUCAUGCAGAAUGACAGCAAAGAGGGGAAGGCGUUCGUAAAGGAAUUCUUCGAGCGAAACUGGGAGUUCAUGCAAAGGGCAGAGGGAAAAUGUCUCGCAGUGCAGUUCAAGAUUAGCGAACUUCCGGAUCAUCCGGGCGCUUCUCUUGCAAAGCUCCAAUCCAGGGGACCGUGCGACCUUGGCUCGACUUUUCUGUCUUCUGUCCUGUAG